AUGGCGUUCGGCGAUCCCGAGGCGGUGCGGGUGACGGGGGAGGUGCGGCUGAGUGCGGACGAGUCGCACUUGUUCAGCACUCUGAGGGACGUGGUGUCGCACUACGGACUGGGCACACAGCUGCGCGUGGCGGGUGGAUGGGUGCGCGAUAAGCUGAUCGGGCGCGACUGCAUAGACAUUGACAUAGCUCUGGACAACCUGCUGGGGAGGGAGUUUGCAGAGAAGGUCACCGAAUACCUCAAGGAGCGAGGGGAGGUCGUGCGGGGCGUGGGGGUCAUCCAGAAGAACCCCGACCAGUCGAAGCACCUGGAGACGGCAACGAUGAUGAUUCACGGCAUGUGGAUCGACUUUGUGAACCUGCGGGCCGAGGAGUACGCCCACGACUCCAGAAUCCCUCACACCAUUGAGUUUGGGACAGCAGAGGAGGAUGCUCUGAGAAGGGAUUUGACGAUCAACAGCAUGUUUUACAACAUCAGCACGGAGCAAAUCGAGGACCCCACUGGGCGAGGAAUCGCUGACCUGAAUGGGGGCAUCAUUCGCACGCCUCUCCCUCCCCACCAGACCUUUCUCGACGACCCUCUCCGAGUGCUUCGGGCUGUCAGGUUCGCUGCCCGAUUCGGCUUCUCAUUGGACGAGGAGUUGCGGGCAGCUGCAGCUUCGGAGGAGGUUCGGACAGCGCUAGGAAACAAAGUCAGCAAAGAGAGGAUCGGAAAAGAGGUAGAGCUGAUGCUGAAGUCACGCGAUCCCUACGCAGCAAUCUCCCUGGUGGUCGACCUCAACCUCUUCCCCACCGUCUUCCCGCUCCCCCACGCCCUCUCGCACACUGCUGAUGUGCCCCCUGACGACGAGUUACCUGGCCUCUGUGAAGCUUCAUUUGCAGCCACUUGCACACGCCUGCACCAAUGGGAGAAACACCUGCCCCAGGCUCUGAUUGAUCACUUGUCGGACCUUAGUGUGGGGCUGCUGCUGGCGGCGCUGCUGAUGCCUCUCAGGCACGCCCACUACCUGGAUAAGAAGAAGAAAGAGGUGCCAUUUGCACAACACAUUGUUUUGGACUCACUCAAGCUCAAACGAGCAUAUGCUGACAUGGUGGUGCUGCUGCAUGCAGCAGCGGAGGACUUCACUGCCCUGGCGCCCCUGCUGGCCACAGCAGGGGCAGAGGGAGCAGGGGCAGCAGUAGGAGGAGUGGGUGAUGAAGCUCGAGCUCUCACGCUGAUCCAACCCCCACAUGAGGAGUUCCGAGGCAACCCAAGAGUGCUGGCAGGUGCGCUGGGUGCUGGCAGGUGCAGUGCGGUGCAGUUGGAGCUGGCAGUGCAGUGCGGUUGGUGGGGUACUGCCUGGCAGGUGCGCUUCUUUCUGCACUGCUCGUCUGCAUUCCAACCCCCCAUUCCAGAACCUUUUUGUCCUUUUCUUUUCUCCAUCCCCCCUUCUUCCCUCACCAUGCAAACUCCUCCGCAAGGCAAGCUCCUCCGCAAGGUGAAGGGCUGCUGGCCGUCCGCUGUGCUGCUAGCGUCCACUCUGCCCCUUGCUCUGAAAGCCCUUCUUCCCAAACCCCCCCUGCUGCCCCCCUUCACUCAAAUCCACCUGUCCUUCGAAAUCCCCUCUCCUCCCUCCCCAGGCAAGCUGCUCCGCAAGGUGAAGGGCUGCUGGCCAUCCGCUGUGCUGCUGGCCUCGACUCUGCCGCCCGUUUCAUCGGCCGCCCGCAGUGAACAGUGUGGGCGGGAGGGGGAGGGGGCAAAGGGGGAGAGAGGCGAGGGAGAGAGGGAAGAGGAGGAUUGCAAGAGGAGGCGGAUGGAGGGGAAGGAAGGGGGUGCAGGAGAGGAUGUGGGGAGUGGAAGGAAGGGGUGUGAGCAGAGCGAGUUUUAUCUGCAAGUUCUACAAGCGGUGCAUGCCAUGGGUUUGGAUGGUGUGUGGGACACGAAGCCCAUACUGAAUGGCCGGGAUGUGGUUGCUGCUCUGGAGCUCAAGAAAGGCGACCCACGUACCGGAUACUGGAUGGAUCGAGUGAUGGAGUGGCAGUUAGCUAAUCCAGAUAAUGGAUCAACCGAGGAAUUUACUGCUUGUCGCGGCUAUCGUAUUCUUAAACGUGUGAAGAACAUUGUAUCUGAGCCGGGCCCUCAUUCCACCCGGCUUUCUCCUCUUUUAGGUCGACCCAAAGCGCUUGCAGCCAUGUUGGCCAUCUUCCAGAAGUCGAUAGGCGAGGCGCCACAGGAGCUGAUGGCGCCGAAGCUGAACCGAUCGGCGUCCAUGUCGGGCCGGCUCGACGCGAAGGAGAUCCUUCACGGCUUCAAGAAGGCGCACCCGGGCGCCGUGCUUAUGCAGUUUGACGAGCAACACGCUAUCGCGUACACGCACGACAUGCAAGACUUUCUCAUGCCCAGGCAAUUUGCAGCAUGCGACGAUGUCUUCUGCGCGUUCGCCGGCAACAUCGAGAACCUCGCGCAGCUGCGACAGCGGUACGGGCUGGACCGGCACGUGAGCGAGGUGAAUCUGAUCAUCGAGGCGUACAAGACGCUGCGCGACCGCCGUCCGUACCCGCCGGACCAAGUCAUCGCGGACCUCGCAGGCGCGUUCGCGUUCGUUCUGUACGACAACAAGGCCAAGACGGUGUUCGUGGCGCAUGACGCGCAAGGCAAGGUGCCCUUGUACUGGGGCAAGUGCCUGGACGACGGAGUGCUCGCCUUCUCCGACGACCCUGCUGUGCUCAAAGCCGGCACCGGCUCCUCCUUCGCCCCCUUCCCUCUCGGCUGCUUCUACUCUUCUGACGGUGGCCUCCGCAGCUUCACAGACCCGGAGAAGCAGCUCAAGGCCAUUCAGCACAUUGACAGCCAGGGGGAGCUGUGUGGUGCCACCUUCAAGGUCGACAGCCAGCAGGAUCUGACUCAGAUGCCUCUAGACUCCAAGGACGACAGUGGACGGGGCUGGUCGUAA